AAUUCUUCGCGCCUGCUUGUACCAUCGCACGAGCCGCGCCACUGACUCCCCCUGUCUGCAGCACCAGUAGCAGCAGCAGCAGCAGCAGCAGCGGAUGGCGAUGCACUGGCCAACGCACCGCAUUUGAAUGCCUGCUUAUCGCUGCCAAGGGUGGCAGCCGCACUGCACCGACUGGAUCGUGCCACUGGUCUAGCGGCACCUCUUCAACACCGCCUCCUGUGCGACCUGCGCAGACGACUGUGACGCCCAGACUUCAGGAAUUGCCUCUUACGUCUCCUGGCAGAGGUCUGAAGCACUGCCCCUCCCCAUCCCAUCCCACCCCACCCUAGAAACGUAACGACGCAAAGAAACGGCCAGCGAAGACGUUACCUCGCAGUUCGAGGUCUUUUAUCGCGCUUGGCGACGCCUUUACAUCGCUUGCCUCCAGCGACAGCGAAUGUUUUGUCUAAAAGCUUCCAGGUCUGCUAAAAAUUCCACCUGACGUCAUCGGCUAUCCGUCCAUCUAAGUCUUCUCUCAUCCUACUGCUGUGGUUGAGAGAGAGAGAGGUGUUCGAACACUUGUAGGCACGUAGCUAUUUUUUUUCAUCGGCUACCGUGAACGGACGAUUUGAUCGAAAUGUUCACGACGGACAGGUUGGUGACGUCAAAGCGGAAGUGAAGACAGACUUGUUUCUCCGUUGUCUAGCUGGACAGCAUCUGUGACUCACAAGGUAUGCGUCGUUUUUAAAAAAUACGAAUAGCUAUGUGACUCAUUCUCUCUGCAUAAUCCCAGAAGUACAUGUUCGAUACAACCAGAAGCACAGGUCGCAGGACGAUAUUUUAAACCGUCACGGUGCGCUGGGAAGGUUUCAUCGGAAACUCAUCCAUUUCGGUAGUGACAAACUUCAGCUGUCCUCUCUCUUUUUUCUCUUCCCUGGGAGCGCUGUAGGAAAGACAACGACUGCUUCCGUGACUUUAAAACAACCAAAGACUCAAAGGAAGAAGAGAGUUUAUUUGAACAAGAUGACAACCACGUUAAGCAGGUGGUCCUUCCUGAUCGCAUCUUCAGCCCUUUUGCUUGCAAGUGCGGCGGGUGAUAUAGACAACAGAAUACCUGUUAUCGGAGUCUCCAUCGAGGAUUUCAUAGAUGUUGACGGACCUCAAUCAUCUUCCCCGAGGGAGGAGGAAGUGACCUUACAAACUGAGGUGUUACGGGGGAAAAGCGGUCACGGAGGAUUUAAAGCAGGCACAACUUCUGCCAUUGGACCCCCGCCUCCACUCGUGCUGACUGAAGCAAUCAAACCUUUCGCUGGACAUGGGGUCAUGACGUCUGACGAUGAAGAUGUCGAGAUGUCUGGCAACGGCUCAGGAUCGGGAGAGAGUGACGUGGAGGACACUCCGGAGCAUACGGAACUCUCAAAAACAGGGAGCAAUACCACAGCAAACAUAGAAGGAAGCUUCGAUACCACGACGCCUCUUGCCGGCAACAACAGCAUCACAGAGGGAAGCAACACCACUUCGGAUACACUGGACAUCGCUGGAGAAGGCGGAGAAGACGACUCUCUUGACGAUUCUGAAACAAGUUUCACCACAGAGAGUAGCCUCCCUGUCAGUCAAGACGUUUACUCGGCAGUUGACGUGUGGCCACCGGUAUCCGUAACUGAACAAACUAAAAAAAGUUCAAGAAAAGCGCAGAAAAGUAAAGGUUCUCCGCGCUGGUCUCGUUGGCUACGCCUGAACAACGCCACGGAGGUGCGAAUUCGAACAUGCAGUGUCAGCCCAGACGCCUGCAACGGCAGCCAGGCCGAGAUGCGCACAUGUGAUCGCAACAGCAACCGAUGUGACGUAGUUUCCGCUCUGGUGACGUCAGAAGAGGAUCAAGCCAAACGCAAUAAGUGCGACCAGGCAAACGAACAGACAACGAAUGUUGAUGAAGAUCAAGCCAUUCAAUCAGCACAAGGUCCAAAGCCGUUGCCGCCAGGAGAGAUUGACUUGCAGCACGCUCCCUUGGCGCCUUGCAGCUACUCGCUGUUCGAUCUCAAACACGGCAAGUACGUCGUCGCUGAUUGGUCCUUGCCACGUCUCGUGACAGAGGCCAAAGUCAAGAAGUGGUGCGAGAGACCGGGAGACUACAUCGUGCUACACUCCCCGCAUGCGCACUGUGGCAGAUACUACAAGGAUCUGUGCCACGUGUCCAAACGUUGCAAAGGCAGCAGAAGUGCUCCCAAAGCUCGCGGCGACUUCGCAGAGGGCUGCUGGCGGCAGUUCGUCUACGGCGAGCAGCUUCCGGUGGGGCUCUCCAACCGUCAGACAAUCGUGUACCUCAUCUGCCAGAGGUUCGCAGCCAGCUCUUCUCUCGGCAAAGCUUACGGCCACAAGGAACCAUUUUACGCCACACUCUUCGACACCAAAGGCCGGGGACCAGUCGUUUCUUUGGCGCGUUUGACCGAGAUUGGGGAUACUAACUGGCCCGACACGACGUUCUUCAUUGAGCAUGGUCUCGUGGACCAGGAAGAAGACACGGCGUGGUUCCUGAAGAAGGCUCGAAGAGGCAUUAUCAGUCUUGAAGACUUAGGACGUUGCCAAAACGACCACACUUGCGAACUGGGUGCUCACCAGGUACUACCUGCAGACUACAGUGCCAGUACCUAUCGCACUGCCCACUUGUUGUGGCCAGAGCUGGCCGGCCCUGACCCCGCCUCGCGUGUGUCCACCUUCGCUUUGACUAACACUGCACCUAUGCACUCCAGCCUCUUUCCCUCUUGGCACAAGGCCGUCCUGACCGUGCGACAGUUUGGCUUGAAAAAGUGCGGUCUGCCAGAAGUCUCGCCGGCAGAUUUCCUACCCUCCGGACACUCCUCUGGGCAUCACCACCAUCAUCAUCAGGUACAGCAGCCCCAUGGUCCAACGCUGUAUGUAACGGCUGGUGUCAUUCCUUCUCACGAUCCCAUCGAGACUAUAGGAAAUGACGUCAACGUGCCCUUCAUGUUUUGGAUGGCCGUCUGCUGCGUGGAUAGCAACAACACCAAGCCCACCGCCACCACCACCAACAGGAACUACGAAAACGAUUACUAUCCCAUGUACAAAGACGAGGAGACCAAGGGUCACAAGCACCUGUCGUUCGCUUUAUACGCUCGGAACACAGGGGCAGGCGGUGGGGUGGUGGUAGCACCGGUACUGCAGCUGGAGAUGCUGCUGCAGGACAUUUACAAACGACUGCCCUCAGAUGCCGACGUCACGCUCUUCCCAGCUGCUAACGGAGCCUGCAGCGAGCUGCGUCAUGACGUUUCACGCACACUUCAUCUGUAGGCGAGGGGUGAGCUUCGUCGAGGGCGAACCUCAGUCUACUUAUGUGCACUCGUAGAUAUAAGAAACAUGCGAUCCUGCUUCCAAAGUUUGGACACAGAAGGCAGUCAGGCUAGGCUACGCAGAAACGUGCGUUGGAAUCUUUUCGUAGUUCGCAAACGCUUCUUCUCAGAGUGCGAAUUUGACGAAAAACAUAGCCUUAUCAUCUGGACCAGAUACCUGACGUGCAAAAGCGAAGAAACACGCCUGAACAAGGUCCAUCAUUUGCUACAUGAAAAAUAAUACAACUAAAAUGUUGAAAGAUGAUGAUGAUGACCACUACGCACUGGACAGAGGAAAAUAAAAACAACACAAGAAGAACGGAUGGAGUUGAUCUUGAAGGAAGGCAGUGAACUACGGACGCCACUGAAGAUAAUCGAAGAACUAUUAUGCCUGCAUAUCACUGCUGUGGAAAAGGCAUCGAUGCUGAAGAAAAAAAAAGUUCUAAGACUAAUCCGACGAAAGAAUUUUGACUUUUGUUUUUCAAACACAGUUAUGUACAGAUAUUAGUUUUGCUGCUGUACCAUUCUUCGUCAAACUGGCCUUGCGUUUAGCGCAUCUCACUCAGAAAAUUGCAGCAUCAACCACGCUGUAUCACAAAAAAGCAUAAUUUACACAAAUUUCAAAAUUCAAUGACUGCUUACAGCUAGCUAAUGUGUGACGGUAUCCCUUCUGUAACACUUGAAACUAAGUCGAGAAGGGCUCACCUCAACGGUCAGAACAGAAAGAUAACAGGCGGCUAGACAGUUAAUGCAACACAGCUGAAAUAAUAGUGAGCAGUUUUUUUCGUGUGCGACUCACAACAUAGCCAUUCAACCGAGCAAAAAUUGUUUCAUUAUAACAAUUAUUAUUCCCUACGUGUAUCUUUACUCGCGGUUUAUGGAGUUGUGCAAAAGAUUGGCACAGUGGUGCUCUUCUCUUAUUUUUGUCCUAGCUCGAGACGCGCUGAAGCAUAGAAAUCUGCUGCGAGUCAGUACUGCUGAUGGCAGAAAACUAUUUUCGUUGUCGCCAAGAUUAAUUCCCUUUCUCGUUUUCCUUGUUCUGUGCCCUUCCCAAUGACUUUUCAAUAUGUAUCUCAAGAAACACUAUAUAUGGGCAUGUCCAACGUUGACGCGUCACAGCGCUUGUAAACUCGUAUGUUCAAUCACAUUUGCUGGAGAUGAUUUCUAAGAUUUAUUCCUACCUACGAUCGACCUCUUCGGCGUAGAUGGGUUCCUUCCGAGACCGCAUGUGCUACAAGUUGCCAGUUUUCCUAGCGCUCUUGCAUUUCUUGUUUAGGCGUACAGGUAACACAUUUUCUUUUUGAUGGAGCUGAGCUUGACAGGUGAGAUAUUAUUCAAUCAACUUAUUUGAAAUAUUUAGUUCCUAGUAACAUGUUUGCAGAUUUUAAAAAUAAUUCAUAGCAAUCUUUAUCGUCGUAUCCAACAAAGAAAGUUUAAAAGUGAAGAAAGUAAGAGAGAGAGAGCUCCAUAAGGGAAGUGACUGGAUGACUGCAUGCGUAUUUAUAUACCCUCAUAUUUAUUUUGAUUUCUGAUGCUAAAGACAACCAAUAGUUCAAGCAAAAAAUGGUACUGAGAGGAAAGGGAACGAGUCUAAAACGAUGCAUUCCAUGUUUUGAACAAAAGAGGAAUCAUCAGUGUUGUGAGUGUUAUUUGCUUGAAAGCUGAUUUACCAUUUGUUAUUUUAAAGUUUUUACUUACAGAUAUAUUUUUAACGUGAUAUUACAAGAAGUGAUGGGAAAUAUAUUUCUGUCUUGUUUACACUGAUGCUUUUAAUCCAACUGGCUUUCAAUGUGAUACAUUCUGCAGACAUCUUGAUGUUUGCUUUAAUCCUUGGCUUUUUCCUUUUUGGAUGCAUUUUCCUCCUUUGAUUAAAAAAAAUGUGAUACAGUGGUAGUAGCACAUUCCAGUGAGUCAGUAGCCUGUAUAAUAUUAUUUUAUGAAAGAUGGUCAAAUGCUUAUCAUCUAGUGACUUCUGUGACACUGAAAGGGUUGUUCAAUAAAAGACAAAGUAGCUGUAUCAAGGAUAGAAAACAGAACCCCCAAGGUAUUAGUUACAAAAAAUAUUGCUUCCUUUUAACAACGUAAUUUGAAAGAUUCUAUUAUCACCCUAAGAUAUUUGCUCACCUUAUUGAGCCUUCAGGAAAUAUCAUAUCCUGUGCUUAUGUCAAACUGUUUCCCCAGAUUGUCUCCUAAUGCCUGAAUUUGAUAAAAUCUGAUAUUAAUUUGACAGUCAUUGAGACAAACAAUGUAACAAAAUAGUUUUUCUCUGAUGUGUAAGCUUCAGUGCUGAUCAAACCUUAUUUUUAGUAGACAAUGCUGUCACUAAAAGUGUUAAGAUUCUGUUUUUGCAACUAUAGCAUAAAUGGGUAGAUGGAUGAUAACAAUAUAAUACGCAAUCAAAAAUAACUUUUUACAAAUUGCACUGUGUGAAUGUUUGCAUACAUGUGCACAUAAAAAAAAAUUCCAAGGACUGUCAAUUAUAAAAAAUCAGGAUGGGAAAAGCUUGUUCUGUCAUCUCAUUGUCCAACAGCGACUUUAACUGUAGACUGUUAGAAAAAAAAAAAAAA